AAUGAACUAAUGAAUACAAAGGAUGAAUUAGCUUUAAAAAUUAAUGAAAUUGAGUGUUUAGGUGCUUUACGUUCUGCUUCGCAGAAAACAAAGGAUAUAUUGAUAAUUAGGGGAGGUACAGAAAAAAAUAUACAGAGUGAGGAACAAAGUUUCAUAUCGAAUUCUGGAGACACAUCAGAGGAAUCAGAGAUUCGAGACUAUGCCUCAUCUAAAAGUCUUGCAAAAUAUUUUAAAA